AUGGACACACAAAACCUAACAGCGCUAAAAGAAUUCAUUCUGACGGGAGUCACAGACCAGCCUGAGCUGCAGGCCACCUUCUGCGGGGUGUUGCUCUUCGUCUACGGGGUCUCCGUGGUGGGCAACCUGGGCAUGGUCAUCCUCACCAAGGUGGACUCCAGGCUCCACACGCCCAUGUACUUCUUCCUCAGGCACCUGGCUGUCACUGAUCUUGGCUAUUCAACAGCCGUGGGACCCAAAACGUUGGUAAACAUUGUAACUAAACAAAAGACUAUCCCCUACGACUGGUGUGCGGCCCAGCUGGCGUUCUUCAUCUUGUUCAUCAUCAGCGAGCUCUUCCUCCUGUCGGCCAUGGCCUAUGACCGCUAUGUGGCCAUCUGUAACCCUCUGCUCUACACGGUCAUCAUGUCGCCAAGGGUGUGCUGGGUGCUGGUAGCAGUCCCCUAUCUCUACAGUGCCUUUCUCUCUCUGAUAACCACCAUAAAGAUUUUUAUUUCAUCUUUCUGUGGCCAUAAUGUCAUUAAUCAUUUCUACUGCGACAGUCUUCCCUUGUUGACAUUGCUCUGCUCGAGCUCCCGUGAGAUUGAGUUGAUAAUACUGAUCUUUUCGGUGUUUAAUCUGGUUUCGUCUCUCCUGGUGGUCCUUGUGUCCUACACGCUGAUCCUCCUGGCCGUCCUCAGGAUGAGCUCUGCAGAGGGCAGGCACAAGGCCUUCUCCACCUGCGGCUCUCACCUGACAGUGGUGCUUGUGCUGUAUGCGACGCUGUUCUUCAUGUAUGUGCAGCCCAAGUCCAGUCACUCCUUCGACAGUGAUAAAAUGGCCUCUGUGUUUUACACUUUGAUCAUCCCCAUGCUGAAUCCCUUGAUCUACAGCUUGAGAAACAAAGAAGUGAAAGGUGCCCUGCAUAGGGUAUGGGAAAAUCUAUGCAAUAUUUUCGUCAAGAAUCCUGUGUGGUACAAAUGGAAGGAAGAAAGGAAGGAAUAG